UUAAUAUACCUAACCUUUAAUAUAAUAUGAUUUCCACAUGUUCCACAAUGUGGCGCUGUAAUAUACUUUGUUAUUUAACAUAUUUAACUACUAUCCAGUAUUAUUUCAAAUAAAGCAAUUAAAAUGCAAUAAAAAUAAUAAAAAUUUAACAUAAAAAAAACUUUUAAUUACAGAAAUAUAUCUAUCGACAUCAAAAAUUAUUCACAGUAAUGAUAAAAUUAUAUUAGGAAUGGCGCCAAGGUGUCGCCAUUUUCAUAAAACUUUACCAAGCAGUAAAUCGAGAAGGCUGAGGGGAGGAACAAUUCCUCAAAGUGAGUGUGUGCAUCCGAAAAUUCUUGGAAAAAUUGCUAAAAAGCAAGAAUAAUGUAUUGGUCUGUGCAUCAAAAAGAAGGGGAUUGAGUUGAAUAUACAAAAAUGCAAGCUGAAAGUAUUUGCACUAAUGAUAUUGAGGGUCUGGACUCAGACACCCUUAUUCCUGUUGAAAUUCUUUCCUGUGAUGUAUCUCAUCGAGCACGUUCUCAAGAUGCCUUAUCAAUAGUGGAAUUAGGAAAGCAAUUACUUUUUAGUGCAAAAUUUGGAGACACUGAUACCGUUCGUGAUCUAAUGUGCAGAGGAGCACCAUUUACUACAGAUUGGUUGGGUACAAGCGCAUUACAUUUCGCUGCACAAAAUAAUCAUACAGAAACUGCAGAGGUUUUACUUAGAGCAGGAAUUUCAAGAGAUGCAAGAACAAAAGUGGAUAGAACACCUUUACAUAUGGCUGCAUAUGAAGGUCAUCAUCAGAUGACACAAUUACUUCUUAAUUAUGGUGCAGAUGUUGAUAGUAGAGAUAUGUUAAAAAUGACACCUUUACAUUGGGCAGUAGAAAGAGAACAUGUAGAAGUAAUGCAUGUUUUAUUAGAACAUGGAGCAGAUGCAAACGCAACUAGUAAAUUUGACAAAACACCUAUUAGUCUUGCAUUAGAACAUGAUAGAUUAGAUUUAGUAGACAUAUUACAACAAGAAAGAGAAAUUGUAGGUAUUAGAGCACAUCAACAAAAUCAAGCAAAUUCAGCAGAACUUGAAGUAGCAACCCAUAAUUUAAUACAAUUAGAAGCUGAAAGAGAAGAACAACAAAAAUUUGAACUUCCACAACAAGAAUCACAACCAAGAAGAAAAGUUACACAAGUGCAAAUGGGAAAAAAACCACGAAUGAUCUUUCAACAAAUUCAUGUUGGAACAAAUGUUGAUGUUGAACGCGAAAAAGAAAUAGAAGGUGUAGAUGAAAUAACUGAUGUGAAUAAUAUUAAUAAUACUAAAAAACGUAAAGAUAUUACAGCUAUUGGAGGAGUAAACAAACAAUUUAGAUUACUAGAAGCACAUGGAAUUACAAUGAUACCUGUAGAUAAUGAAUCAUCUAUUGUUGAAAAUGCUAUGGAAAGUGGAAGAACAGUCGUUUUAACUGAGGCAGGUAAGCUUGCCCUAAACUUAACAAGAAAUUCUUCAAUAGGAAUGAAACGACUUCAUGUUGCUGGGAAAAAAGGGACUCCUAGAAAAGUGAUAGCAAUUAGAGCAGAUCAAAUUUUAAGUCAAAAUACACCUACUCUUACAUCCAGAGGACCUAAUAUAUUAAAAAGAUCUUCUGUAGAUAAUAAAGCUGGAAAAUUGUUCAUUUCUUCUAUUUCUACUACAACGCCUGUAUCAACACUUACACAAUCUAAAAACAUAAUAUCUUCAUCAGAGAAUAAAAUCAUUAAUUCUCCUGCAAAAAUGACAGAACCAAUAAUUUUACAAUUAGAUGAUGAUAUAGAAGAAAUUACUGAAGAUGAUACAACACAUAAUAAUGAACCAGUUAUGGAUAUUGCUUUAUUGAAUAGACAAUUAGCAGAAGCACGAAGACAAGCAGCUGAAUAUCGUAAGCGGCUUCAAAAAAAAGAAGAAGAGGCUGAAAUAUAUAAACAACAACUUAAAAAUAUCACAGCGCAAAGAGUAUCUAAGUGAUUUUAUAUGAAUAUACAUUUUGUGAAUUAAGCUUCAUUUUUCAAACAGCCCUGCUUUUUCUACAAAAAAGAAUUUUCUUCAGCUUUUCAGCUUUGUAAAAGAGCUCAAUAUUUAAAAAAUUGUACUUUAUUUUAAUAUAUUUUCUUUCAUCAUUAUCUCAUCUCAAAGCAUUAUAAUGGUAUUUAUGCGAGCUUUUCAUUACUAACUGCUUACUUAUGUAUAGAUUAUUUUACGAAUCUACAAAAUUCAUUAACUAUAUAUUAUAAUACUCUUGAUUUAUAUCAGAAAAAUUGAGUUAUUUGUUUAACAGGGCAUAAUCCUAUAUUUAAUGUAUGUAUGCUUUCUAGAAGCUGCAUACAGUGUGUAUCUGUGAGUGCAUAUGUGCGACUGAGUAUGAUUUAUGCAAUAAACAAAUAUUUUUUAAAAAUAAA